AUGCCCGGAAUAGACACCAUACAGGGCCCGCAGCCGUCCACUUGCAUUGUAUGCAACAAGGCGAUCCAAGAGGGAAAAGCGUACGAAGUGCGGGGUAGUGCCUGGCACGAACAAUGCUUCAAUUGCUCACACUGUCAUCGCAGUCUCUGCCAAUCGAAGAACUUCCUUUGUCUAGACAGUAACCACGUCCUGAUUUGUCCAGAGUGUUCCGCUUUCUGCUCCCACUGUGGGAAAAUGAUUGGUGAUAAGGCAAUUAUACUCUCGAACAACGAGUCCUUCUGUCCGGACUGUUUCAAGUGCUCGAGGUGCGAUAGCCCGAUCCACGACCUCAAAUAUUCAAAAAGCCCAAAAGGUGGUAUUUUAUGUCUCAACUGCCACCAGAGGACCAAGAACAGCACAUCCAUGGGGAAACAACACGUCAGUACGUCACCUUCGACUUCCGUCUCUGCGGCAGUGUUACCGAAACGAUCUGAGAUGAGGCCACAGGGAGUGGAUAAAUACUACCUGCAGAGGAAGACAAGCUCGCAUAGACAAUCUAAAUCGCUCUCUAGCGCCAGUAACGCAAGAUCAUCAACUGCAGACACUGUGGCCAAUUCGACACGUAGCGGUACUAUAGGUACUGCAGAUACGGAUGAACAACAGAAGGUACCCGCUGAAAGUAGACAGGACCCGCAGAAAAACCACACCAGAAGUGUGUCCCUGGAUGCGAUGCUGAAUUCGACGUUAGAGAACGACGGGUUCAGUGGAGAGGAGGCUGGUGACGAGCAGGGCAGUGCUUCUUUUGCAGUUACUCCACCACACUCUCCAAAAGUGGGACCCGUACUCCCGGAUACUGCAUCCUCAAAUUCAUUUGCCCGUCAAGAUACCCCAUCUGCACCAACUUCACUAGACUUACCAGACACAAGCACACUGUUGAAAACUCCGGAGUUGAAACACAGUCCCGACGAUAAACAUGUAAGCAAUUUACCCCUAAACAGCCCAAUGGCCACGGAAAAUAGAAACGGAUUUCCUUCCAGCAUCAUGACUUUACCUUCAUCUUCUACAGUACAAAAUGGUCUUGCAUUGAAUUUCAGCCAGGGAUUGAUCAAUAAUAAGUCUAUGGACUCUAGUCUCUCGGGCGCCAACAAUAAUCAGGGAAAACCGGCCAGUAACAAUGACAAACCGUUUCGUCUUGCCCCUAAGGAGAAGAAACCGGGCAGGUCUUUGUCCCUAAAAUCGAAGAACUUUUUCAGUCCCUGGAAACACAGGGGCUCGAUCUCAAACCAAACGACUCCAAAGACGCCGAAAAUGCCGUCUUCCCCUCCGACAUCCUCUACGAAUUUCAAAGAUGCCCGUUAUAAUACCACAAAACCAGAUACGCACUCGGGGUGGGGCGUUUCCGGCACCUCAACAUCACUUACCAUAUCGAAUCCCAUCCUGCAGAACAAUUCAAGUCAACCGGAAUUUCGUCGCCCUACAAGAGGCCAAAGCGAUACUUUGAUAUACAAUGGUUUGAACCACCCACAGGGCGGUAAACAUUUUGGUACUUUACCUACUUCACAUAAACAUCAGGUAUCAACGGGUACACUGGCCGAUUCGAAUAAAGGCAACCACACAUCGAAAGUGGCCAUGUUUACAACACCACCGUUGGAAAACUCGAUAACUUUCAAGCAAUUGUCCAACACGGUGCUUGCACCUGUCCCCAAGAUGGCGCACAGCGAUGAGGAUGAUUUAAAGAAAGAGAGAUCAUUUACUAAGGACAACUCUUCAGGAUCAUUGCACUCCUCAGUACCCUCCUCGAAUCGACAGAAAACAAAUGAUGUAGAAGCCGUGGACGAAGAGAAUAUACACUCGGAGUUGGCAUGCAGGAAAUUGAAACUGGAACUCAAGUCAAUGCAGGUCACAAAGAAACAACUGAGCAUCGACAUCGAAAAUCUGAGACUGACCAAACAGACGUUACUGGAGGAAAUUACAUACUUGAAAUUAGAAAGGGAUAAAAGUGACCCAAGUGGCCCACCCCCAAUCGAAGAACCGACGGCCUUCAAUGUGACGGCGUCUGUGCCAAAUAUUACCGCCACACCAGUAGGUAACAGUGGACUACAAACUACGCCAAACAAGCCCAAAUUUUGGAAAAUAUUUGGCAGCGGUGGGAACGGUAAAGAUUUACAAAUUCCUGCAAGGGAUCGGCACAACGGUAUGAAUCUGAGCGAUCAUAGCCUCUCGAAUUCAGACAUUAGUGCACACGGGAGUGGGCUUGCUGACAUCUGUCAAAGAGAAGGGAACAAAGUUCCUCGGAUCAUCCAAGAAUGCAUUGACUUUAUUGAAAGUGAUAAGAAUCAUCUGGAGGCGGAGGGUAUAUACCGUAAAUCAGGGUCGAUCACGUUGAUAGAAGAGCUUGAAAGGAGAUUGUACCAGGAAGGCGGGCAUAUACAACGCGGUGAUGAUAUCCAUGUCGUCACGAACGUCUUGAAGCGGUUUUUAAGACGGCUACCGGAUCCUGUGAUCUCUGUGAACAUUUACACACCGCUAAUUUCUUUGGUCAGGAACAACGAUCUGAUCAAAACAGCUCCGCUGAACGGGGCCCAAGGUGGCGAUGACCAUGACAUUGCCCUGAUACGGUUUGUGAAGGACCACAUGAUUGAGCUUAUGGACAGACUACCCCUUGAACAUUAUGAGCUGUUGAGGAUUUUGAUUAAACACUUGAACACGGUGGCGUUGUACGAUAAGUUCAACCUAAUGAAUCUGCACAAUUUGGCCGUAGUGUUUGCACCUAGUAUCAUACACGAUGUCACAGGAGAAAGAGACGUUGCUGAUCUGAACGAACGCAAUUUUGCCAUGGAAUUUAUGCUUUUAUACAAGGUUAUAUAG